GGAGCACUAUGGCAGUCACUGCAAGCGGGGUUUGCCGUCCUGGUGCUGGUCUACGUUCUGUUGAUGGCGCUGGUAGUCUUCGUGGUCGACCUUCCCAGAAGGCUAUGUGGACUGCUCUUGCAGCUGGGCACGAGCCAAUUCGGCAUGAUCGUGGAGCACGCUUACGCGCUCAGCGUGUGUAAGCUCCAUGUGAGGCUCGGCCGGCUCGCCCAGGGCUGGAUCGGGCGCAGGCCCUACCACAGCCGCUGGGCGGACCUCCGCACCGAGCUGCCCCUCGCCGGCGGCGGGAGCUGCUUCGUGCACGCGGUGCCGUGCAUGACGGACAACUUCUGCUACGUCCUGGUCG